UUUCCAUAUCACACAGCACUGGCUCAUAUUACGGGCAGAGACAACAGCUGUAUGGGAACCUGACUCAACACUGUUUAUAUGUCAUGGAUCCCCUGAACUCCACCCGCGCCCCCACCAACCAAUCAGACUUCAGCAGCACCUUCACCCUGCAGGUGCUCCCGCCGCUCUACCUGGUGAUCUGCGUUGUUGGAGCGUCUCUGAACGGUGUGGCCGCCUGGAUCUUCUUCAGAGUGCCCAGUGACUCGGGCCUGGUGGUGUACCUGAAGAACAUGGUCGUGGCUGACCUCCUCAUGCUCGCCACCUUCCCCUUCAAGCUGAUGACUCAGCUGGGAGUGGGCGGCUGGCGCCUCCACGUGGUUAUCUGCCGCUACACCGCCGUGCUCUUCUACUCCUCCAUGUACGUGGGGAUUCUCUUCAUGGGCUUCAUCAGCCUUGAACGCUACGUCAAGAUCUUCCGACACACUUCCUCUCCCUCCUCCUCGUCGUCCUUCUGCAGGUCCAGGUGUGGUGUUGUUUCCGUGCUGCAUCUCCUGCAGAGCGUCGUCUUCGCCCGGGUGCUGGCAUUCUUCACCUGGGGCUUCCUCCUCCUCUGCGUGCUGCCCAACGUUGUGCUGACCAGCCAACCAGCCAACGAGACGAACGCACGGCACUGCAUGCAGCUAAAGACUGAGCUGGGCAUGCAGUGGCACCGGGCGUCCACCUUCUUCAGCGUCAGCCUCUUCUGGGCGACGCUGGUGGUCCUCGCCUAUUGCUACGCCUCCAUCGCCUGCCGGGUCUACAAGUCCUACCGCCGUGUCCGCACCGACAACAGCGAUGUCUGUCGGAAGUCGAACCGCAGCAUCUUCAGCAUCCUGGGCGUGUUCUUCAUCUGCUUUGUGCCGUACCACGUCUGCCGCAUACCGUACACUCUGAGCCAGACGCAGGCGUCGGGCUUCAGCUGGGACACCCGCUUCCUGCUGUUCCAGCUGAAGGAGGGAACGCUCUUCCUGUCGGCGCUCAACGUCUGCCUCGACCCCAUCAUCUACUUCCUGAUGUGCCGAAUCUUCAGAGAGUCGCUGCUGAGGAAACUGUCAGGAAGAGAGAGGAGGAGGUCCCUGACCACCGCCCAGAGUCUGAGCCACAUAUAGGAGGGGAGGAGGCGAGGAGAGGAGACACAAGAGAGGAGACAAGGAGAGGAAUCAAGAGAGGAGACAAGAGAGAAGAUAAAGGGAGGAGAGACAAAGACUGGAACAUCCUCCAUGAUUGCAGAGGGGGAGUGAUUUCUGGGUCACUGAAGGAGAGAGGACGCAAGGAAGCAGAAGUUAGCCACAAGGAGAAGGGGAAGCAAGAGAGGAGACAAGGAGAGGAAACAAGAGGAACACUGAGCCUUAAUCAGACUGUGGUGUCGCGUGAGUGUUGUCGGAGUAAUUUAAAAAAGAAAGUUGUAAAUUCACCUCUGUGUGUUUUUCCUGGAGGUUGAACUUUAUUGUGACUCAGAUUUCAAAGUAACUUAAAUGAAUGUAAAUGUUCCAAAACAAGCAGUUUACUUAUUGUUUUUAUCACCAUGAUGUCAUGACGUGAUAUUUUCAGACAGAAAUGUGUGUAAAUGCAGAAUAUUGUUUGUAAAAUUGUAAAUAACAAACAGUAAAUAUUAUUAAAUAACAUGUUUAUAACACGGUGUUGUUUAUUGUUGAAGAACCAAAUUAAAGGAAGGAAAGAGAGUAAAGAGAAGGAAGUGCUGAUGUGGAAGUGAAAGUGGACGGUGAUGACUGGGCAUCAAACCUGCGACACCGACUCAUCACGUUACUGUGACUCGUUAACUUUUCACUCAGCUGAUUUGGUUUUUGUGGCUUCGAGUCACACGAGUCGCUCCUCUCUCUGGGUGGUUGGACUUUUAAUAACUUUAAGAUUUAGACAUCUGAAUCGAUGGUGUUUUACAGUGAUGAUGAUGAUGAUGAGACUGAAGCUGUUCCUCCAACCACAGGAAAACCUGACAGAAUAAUCUGAUCUGAGGUCAAAGCGUGUCGAGGUAACUGUUGGUUUCUACACAGAACAUUAAAUUAAAAAUAAAACAGUAAUAUUUGUGAAGUGAAACAACAGAAUAAAUAAAAUAUAUAGACUAUAUGAUAAUGUAGAAAAUAUUAGGAGAAAUAUUGUGUUGUUGUUUAUGUUUUAUUCCACAGGGAGGCAGUGUUUCUACAAUGAAUCUAGACGGGCAGGA